CAUACCUUUUUUACGCCGCCUACCCUUUUGACUGUCCUAACCCCCGCGUAAUUUUGAUUAACAAUUCUUUUCUUACAAACAAAACGAAAAAUGAAGCUGACCAAAUUCUUAUGAAUAAUAUAAAAACCAUUCGCAUCUACUCCCUCACCAAAUUCUCAUUUCUAUUUUUCUUCUCCCUAUUUCUUGACUACUGACUCCUCUCUUCGUUAUCAAUGAAGCCACGAGGCAGUGCUAAAGUCUCUGUGAAAUGGAUUCCUGUUAUCUGCGUGUUUUCUUUUGCUCUUGGAAUUCUCUUCUCCUUCAGGGCGUGGGACCCAACUGAAUCUAACGGUCAGCAGCUUGUAGCUCAGCGUCGAUAUGAACAAGAACUUCAGCUCGUCUCUGAAAAUCAUCCCUCUUCUCAUACGAUUCAGAAGCUUCCAAAUGAUAAAGAUGUAAUGGUAGAAGUUUUAAAGACUCAUGAAGCAAUCCAGUCUGUCAGAUCGUUAGACAAGUCGAUAGCAACGCUUCAAAUGGAGAUAUCGGCAUCUCGGAGUUCUCAAGAAAUGAACUUCAAUGGCUCUUCUGCUGCCUCUACCUUGCAGCAUGACGGCACACCUAGGCAGAAAGCAUUCAUGGUUAUUGGUAUUAAUACUGCUUUUAGUAGUAGAAAGAGGCGCGAUUCCGUUCGAGAGACCUGGAUGCCUCAAGGUGACAAGCUUAUUCAAUUAGAGCGUGAGAAGGGGAUUGUUAUUCGCUUCAUGAUUGGCCAUAGUGCAACAUCCAACAGCAUUUUAGAUAGAGCUAUUGAUUCAGAAGAUGCACAGCAUAAGGAUUUCCUUAGGCUGGAGCAUGUAGAAGGAUACCACGAAUUGUCUGCAAAAACAAAAAAAUUCUUUUCCACUGCGGUCGCAAAGUGGGAUGCAGAAUUCUAUAUCAAGGUGGAUGAUGAUGUCCAUGUGAAUCUGGGUAUUCUAGCUGCUACUCUUGCCCGGCAUCGUUCAAAGCCCAGGGUGUACAUCGGAUGUAUGAAGUCAGGACCUGUUCUUUCUCAAAAGAAUGUCAAGUAUCACGAGCCAGAAUCCUGGAAAUUUGGAGAGGAAGGUAACAAAUAUUUCCGACACGCAACUGGCCAGAUAUAUGCAAUCUCAAAGGAUCUUGCCACUUAUAUCUCUAUAAACCAGCCCAUAUUGCAUAAGUAUGCUAAUGAAGAUGUGACACUUGGAUCAUGGUUUAUUGGUCUCGAGGUUGAGCACAUCGACGACCGCAACAUGUGCUGCGGGACUCCACCAGAUUGUGAGUGGAAGGCACAAGCAGGAAAUGUAUGUGCUGCAUCGUUUGACUGGAGCUGCAGUGGAAUCUGCAAAUCAGUGGAGAAGAUAAAAUUUGUUCACGAAAGGUGUGGCGAAGGAGACGGAGCUGUAUGGAGUGCUCUCAUGUAAGAUUUAAGUGGGAAAAUGUUACUUGGACAAAAUAUGUUCAUAAACCAUUGGCUUUAUGGCUCCGGAAAAAUCCGAGAGGGCUGUUGAGAUAUCAAAUGCAGAAAGUAUUCCACUUUAGAUACUAUAGAAGUUCCGAAACAUAUUGUUUUGUUGAUAGUCUUAGUUAAAAUUUGGAGCGAGGAGCUUGUGGUGUUCAUCAAGAGUUGUUCAUUCAAGAUGGCAGGUUCUGCUUUGAGAUGGUUUUUAGAAAAGUGUAAUCCUUUUUAGUAGAUGAAUGUGGGAAGAUACAGAAUGAAGAAUAUUUAUGUACAACAUUAUACAUUUAGAUAGUUUGAGAGUUCAAUUACAUUUCCCACCCACCAUGAAAAGAAAAAAAAAUUGUAAGAUGGUGUAGAUAGGUCUUUUAAUGUUUGAACUAGAUCUGCAUUAUUUAAUAGAGAAUUGAUUGGUUUGAUGCAA